AUGGACAUGAUUCCGGGUCCAGUCAUUCUCACAUUGGCUCAAGAUAUGCUAGAUUGUUCAAUUAGAUCCACUAGCAAGGAAGAUUUACAUGUGAUGCUCGUAAUAGUGAUUAACUCGAGGAUAUUGGCUUUUGUGAUAUAA